UCGUGAGUGGACAAAAUUGGAUAUUUUUGACAACAAGAAAAAGACGAAGAAGAAACGAAAAUGAGGAAAUCGUUAACCUCAGCGACCUCCCGCCGGACAUCACGCUGAACACUUUCAUCCGGGAGCACGCCCAAUUGACGGCCACCAAGUUCAUGUGCCUGGAAGGAGGAUGUGGGGCCUGUGUCUGUGCUGUGAGCGAUGGGCAGAGCACCUGGACCGUCAAUUCGUGCCUCAAGCUGCUGAAUACCUGCGCCCAGCUGGAGAUCGUUACCUGCGAGGGAUUGGGCAACCAGCAGAGCGGCUACCAUCCCAUCCAGAAGCGGCUGGCCAAGAUGAAUGGCACCCAGUGUGGCUACUGCUCACCGGGAUUCGUGAUGAACAUGUACGGCCUGAUGGAGCAGCACGGGGGAAGAGUGACCAUGUCGGAGGUGGAGAACGCCUUUGGGGGCAACAUUUGUCGCUGCACCGGCUAUCGUCCUAUUCUGGAUGCCAUGAAGUCCUUUGCCGUGGACAGCAACAUUCUGGUUCCCAAGGAGUGUGUUGACAUUGAGGAUCUGGACCUAAAGGCCCGCAACUGUCCGAAGACGGGAGGAGUCUGUAAGGGUAAGUGCAGCGGACAGCGAUCCAAACUAAUCUACGAGGAUGGACAUCAAUGGUAUUGGCCAAGCACCUUGGCAGAGGUAUUUGAGGCGUUGGACAAUGUCGAGGACUCGGAAGAGUUCAUGUUAGUGGGAGGCAACACUGCCCAUGGUGUCUAUAGGAGAUCUCCCGAUAUUAAGCACUUUAUCGACCUGAGUGGAGUAGAGGAACUGCAUCAGCACAGCUCUGAAAGGGACAAACUGACUUUGGGAGCAAAUCUUAAUCUGACAGAGACCAUGGAGAUACUUCGUUCGACGUCAAAGCAAUCGGGUUUCGAAUAUCUAGAGGUUCUGUGUAAUCAUAUAGACCUUGUGGCCAAUGUUCCAGUUCGCAAUUCUGGAACUUUGGCGGGCAAUAUUUCAACGAAAAAACAACACCCUGAGUUCCCAUCGGAUAUCUUUAUAUCCUUUGAGGCAUUGGAUGUACAAGUGAUGGCUCUGAAAAGUAUUGGAGAUGAGAGGGAAAUGUCUCUGGAGGAAUUUCUAAAGGAUAACGACAGAAAUAUUGUGCUUAAGGCAUUUAUACUGCCUGCUUAUCCGAAGGAUAAGUAUAUCUACGACUCCUACAAGAUCAUGCCUCGUGCCCAGAAUGCCCAUGCCUAUGUGAAUGCCGCUUUUCUUCUGGAACUUGAUUCUGACUCAAAGGUAGAGUCCGCUCGGAUUUGCUUUGGCGGAAUCCGUCCAGACUUUGUCCAUGCCUCAAUCAUUGAAGAGUUGAUGGUGGGACACAGUCCCUACGAACCUAAUCUGGUGCAGCAGACAUUUAGCAAGCUGGAAAACCUGAUCAAGCCAGAUGAGGUUCUUCCCGAUGCCAGUCCCGCCUAUCGUUCAAUGUUGGCCUGUGGACUCCUUUACAAGUUUCUUCUGAAACAUGCUCCCAUGGCGGAUGUUAGUGCAAAGUUCAAGAGUGGCGGCGAGCUGCUACAGCGGCCGCUCUCCUCCGGCUUGCAGCUCUUCCAGACCCAGAAAAGCACCUAUCCGGUCACGCAAGCAGUGCAGAAAUUGGAGGGCAUGAUCCAAUGCUCUGGAGAAGCCACCUACAUGAACGAUGUGCUGACCACAUCCAACACGGUCUACUGCUCCUUUGUGGGGGCCACUAAAGUGGGAGCCACCAUUGAUCAAAUCGAUGCUUCGGAAGCUCUCCAGCACCCCGGAGUAGUGGCAUUUUACACUGCAAAGGAUAUUCCCGGAACGAACACCUUCUGUGAAACAAGCUUUGGUUACGAGGCGGAGGAGAUAUUCUGUUCAGGAUUUGUUCGUUACUCCGAACAGCCAGCUGGUGUAGUCGUGGCCCUCACUGCUGACCAAGCUCAACGGGCUGCCAAGCUAGUGAAGAUCAGCUACAGUAAUCCUAGUUACGACUUUAGGCUGCAGUGCACCCUGAAGCAUGUAUUCUCUAGCGGAACUCCAGAUCCGUCUCGCAUCCUGCCCUUGGCUAUAUCAAAGCUGCAGGAGGUGACAUUCUCUGACAAACCCGAUGUGGAGGUCAGGGGCAUCUUCGAAAUGGGUCUGCAGUAUCACUUUACCAUGGAGCCCCAGACAACGGUGGUCAUUCCCUUUGAAGAUGGACUCAAGGUCUUCUCGGCCACCCAAUGGAUGGACCAGACGCAGGCUGUGAUUGCACAUGCGCUUCAGAUGAAGGCCAAGGAUGUGCAACUUCAGGUCCGCCGUCUGGGCGGUGGCUAUGGCUGCAAAAUCUCCCGAGGAAACCAGGUGGCCUGUGCCGCCUCCUUGGCUGCCCGAAAGUUGAAUCGUCCUGUUCGCUUCGUCCAAAGCCUCGAGUCCAUGAUGGAUUGCAAUGGCAAGCGUUGGGCCUGUCGAUCCGAAUAUCAAUGCCACGUCAAGUCCAACGGUAGAAUAGUCGGGUUGUCCAACGAUUUCUUUGAGGACGCUGGCUGGAAUGCAAACGAGAGUCCUGUGCAAGGACACUCCACUUUCACGGCAGCGAAUUGCUACGAGUUUACCGAUAGCAACUUUAAGCUAAGUGGACAUGCAGUACUCACAGAUGCCCCCAGUUCCACCUGGUGUCGUGCUCCGGGUUCUGUGGAGGGCAUUGCCAUGAUGGAGAACAUCAUUGAGCAUGUGGCAUUUGAGAUCCAAAAGGAUUCUGCUGAGGUCCGCUUGGCUAACAUCAGCAAGAAGAGCAAGAUGUCAACUGUGCUGCAGGAAUUUCUCAAGUCGAGGGAGUAUUACGGCCGAAAAAAGGAGAUUGAGAGUCACAAUGCAAACAACCGAUGGAUAAAACGCGGCCUGGGCCUGUCCGUGAUGAACUUCCCUGUCAUUUACAUUGGACAGUUUCCGGCCACAGUGGCCAUCUACCAUGUGGAUGGUACAGUUGUGGUUACGCAUGGUGGAAUAGAAAUGGGACAAGGUAUGAAUACGAAGGUGGCUCAGGUGGCUGCGUACACCCUUGGCAUCGACUUGAGCUACAUCAAGGUGGAAUCUUCGGACACCUUAAACGGAGCCAACUCGAUGGUCACUGGCUAUGCCAUUGGCAGUGAGAGUGUUUGCUAUGCGGUUCGCAAGAUCUGCGAGACCCUCAAUGCCCGCUUGAAGCCGGUGAAGAAGGCCAGGGCCAGUUGGUUGGACACCGUGGAAGGUGCUCAUGCCCAGUCCAUCAAUCUGGUGGCCUCGGAUCACUACAAGACCGGUGACAUGCAAAACUAUCAUGUGCUAGGACUGGCUCUCACCGAAGUGGAAAUGGAUGUGCUCACGGGAAACAUUCUGAUCCGGCGAGUGGACAUCUUAGAAGAUGCAGGUGAAAGCCUAAGCCCCUGGAUCGACGUGGGCCAAGUGGAGGGUGCCUUUGUCAUGGGCCUGGGCUACUGGCUCAGCGAACUGCUCAUUUACGAGGGUGACAAUGGUCGCCUGCUGACCAAUCGCACCUGGAACUACAAGCCUCUGGGGGCCAAGGAUAUUCCCAUUGAUUUUCGCGUGGAACUGGUGCACAGUCAGCGGCCCAGUGGAGCUGGAUUUAUGGGCUCAAAAACUACUGGGGAACCUCCAUGCUGUUUAGCAGUCAGCGUGAUAUUUGCCCUGCAGCAGGCUCUGCAAUCUGCCCGCCAGGAUGCAGGCUUAACGCGGGAAUGGCUUCGCCUGGGGGCACCCACAACACCAGAGACCUUGUUGCUUAACGCAGGUCACCAAGUGGCAGAAUUUAAGCUAAAGUAG